AUGUCUAGCAGUGUAGAUGAUGUUAGAAGCGCACUUUACGACAUAUGGGACGAUCCUACGCUGUCCGCCCACAUCCUCAAAAAUCACGAACAAACAAUAGGUGCUCUGCAUUCUGCUGCUUCAAAGUCGAUUAGGACGCGCAAGUCCAACUUCCCUGAUCCAGACAGUUUGCUGCCAGAGGUGGCGACGUUGCAAAAAAAUUUAGAUUCUUCCAAGCUUACCAGUUGGAGACUGCAAACAGAUGCUGUGAUAUUUAUGAGAACACCUAAAAAUUCGGAUCACAACGUGUUGGAGCGAUUUAAAAUUUCAGAGUCAUCGGCUGUCGAUGGCAAUCCGCACCAAGCAUUUCUGACUGUUUCUGUUUACACAAGGGUUUCCUGGGGCCCUAGUUAUGUGCAUCGUUCAUCCCAGCACGCGUUGUUGUCGUCUCAAACUCUUCACGACCUCCUAAAGGUCAUCCCGUGCACUUCCAACUCUCAUGCUCCGGGUGGAGUUGAGCCAAUAUCUGCAUCAGGGAAUGGUUGGGUUAUUUGCAUUGAAAACUAUGCGUAUGGCGACGGGAGCCCAGAUCAAGAAGAUUAUGCAGAAGGGUCAUCUUCCUUCUUAAAAGGCUCAACGACGGUGCAAGAAACACAGUUUUCUUCUCUUUCUAUACGAGUGAACGAGCCGUACUGGUUACUUCACCAAGGAGGUUGUGAUCAUUUUAUCGUCUUCGACCAGAUCAGACUCCGCCAUUCGUCGGACCCUCCAUCUGGCUACCCCUUGACCUCACAGAUCAUCCCUCCACUUCUUGAUCUCUGCCGUGCUUGCGGUAAAGUACCUGCGGUAUGGUCGAUCGUUGGAGAUAUUAGAUUGGGUGAAAGUCCAUGUAUGAUGUGCGGACCAUGUUGGAGAAAUAUGGGUGAUCCUUUGGAGGCAGGGAUUGUCGUUGUUCGAUUGCCCUAG